CGGGCCGCGCCGCCAUGUCGCUGCUGCAGUCCGCCCUCGACUUCCUGGCGGGCCCCGGCUCCCUGGGCGGCGCCGCCGGCCGCGACCACACCGACUUCGUGGGCCAGACGGUGGAGCUGGGCGAGCUGCGGCUGCGGGUGCGGCGGGUCCUGGCCGAGGGUGGCUUUGCCUUUGUGUACGAAGCUCAGGACCUGAGCAGUGGCAGAGAGUAUGCACUGAAGAGGCUGCUCUCCAAUGAGGAGGAAAAGAACAGAGCCAUCAUCCAGGAAGUCUGCUUCAUGAAAAAGCUCUCGGGUCACCCCAACAUCGUGCAGUUCUGCUCAGCGGCCUCCAUCGGGAAGGAGGAGUCAGACACAGGGCAGGCUGAGUUCCUGCUGCUCACGGAACUCUGCAAAGGGCAGCUGGUGGAGUUUCUCAAGAAGGUGGAGGUCAAAGGCCCACUGUCAUGUGAUACCGUCCUGAAGAUCUUCUACCAGACAUGCCGGGCCGUGCUGCACAUGCACAAGCAGAAGCCCCCCAUCAUCCACCGGGACCUGAAGAUUGAAAACCUCCUGCUCAGCAACCAAGGGACUAUCAAGCUCUGUGAUUUUGGUAGUGCUACCACCGUGUGCCACUACCCAGACUACAGCUGGAGCGCCCAGAAGCGGGCCCUGGUAGAAGAGGAGAUCACCAGGAACACAACGCCCAUGUACAGGACACCUGAGAUGAUGGACCUGUACUCUAACUUCCCCAUCUGCGAGAAGCAGGAUAUCUGGGCCCUGGGGUGCAUCCUGUACCUGCUGUGUUUCGGGCAGCAUCCUUUCGAGGACGGGGCACGGCUGCGCAUCGUGAAUGGAAAGUACUCUAUCCCCGCCGAUGACACUCGUUACACCAUGUUCCACAGCCUCAUCCGUGCCAUGCUGCAAAUCAACCCCGAGGAGCGGCUGUCCAUCACGGAGCUGGUGAACCAGUUACAGGACAUGGCUGCUGCCCGGGAUGUGAACCCCAGAGCCCCAGUCACCGAGCUCCUGGAACAGAACGGAGGCUUUGGGAAUGCGGCUUCUCCUGGGGGUCCCCCUGGCAGUGGCUGCAGUGGUGGCCUGGUUGUGGCUGAGUAUGAGCAGCCGUACGGCGGCCUCCUGGACAUCCUGCGUGGCGGGACGGAGCGCCUCUUCACCAACAUCAAGGACACCUCCUCCAAGGUCAUCCAGUCCAUGGCCAAUUAUGCAAAGGGAGACCUGGACCUCUCUUACAUCACCUCCAGGAUUGCAGUGAUGUCCUUCCCAGCUGAAGGCAUGGAGUCGGCCAUCAAGAACCACAUUGAAGAUGUGCGCCUGUUCCUGGACUCCAAGCAUGCUGGCCACUACAAGGUCUUCAACCUGUCAUCCAGGACGUACCGGCCCACCAAGUUCCAUAAUCGGGUGUCUGAGUGUGGUUGGGCCGCCCGUCGGGCCCCACACCUGCACAGUCUGUACAGCAUCUGCAAGGAGAUGCAUGUGUGGCUGCGGCAGGACCCUAAGAACAUCUGCGUGGUGCACUGUGUGGAUGGGAGAGCUGCCUCCGCCGUGGCCGUCUGCUCCUUCCUCUGCUUCUGCCGCCUCUUCAGCACUGCUGAGGCUGCUGUGUACAUGUUCAGCAUGAAGCGCUGCCCACCAGGCAUCUGGCCAUCGCACAAACGGUACAUUGAGUACAUGUGUGACAUGGUGGCAGAGGAGCCCAUCACCCCCCACCGCAAGCCCCUCCUGGUGCGGGCUGUGGUCAUGACGCCUGUGCCGCUCUUCAGCAAGCAGCGCAGUGGCUGCAGGCCCUUCUGUGAAGCCUACGUGGGGGGCGAGCGCGUCACCACCACGUCCCAGGAAUACGACAAGAUGCGGGAUUUUAAGAUCGAGGAUGGCAGAGCGGUCAUUCCCCUGGGUGUGACCGUGCAAGGGGAUGUGCUCCUGGUUAUCUACCACGCGCGCUCCACACUGGGUGGGAGGCUGCAAGCCAAGAUGGCGUCCAUGAAGAUGUUCCAGAUCCAGUUCCACACAGGAUUUGUGCCUCGGAACGCAACAACCGUGAAGUUUGCCAAGUACGACCUGGACGCCUGUGACAUCCAGGAGAAAUACCCAGAUCUGUUCCAAGUGAGCCUGGAGGUGGAGGUGCAGCCCCGGGAUCAGCCCAGCCAGGAGGCCCCGCCUUGGGAGAGUACCAGCAUGAGGGGCCUGAACCCCAAAAUCCUAUUUUCCAGUCGGGAGGAGCAGCAGGACAUUCUUACCAAGUUUGGGAAGCCGGAGCUCCCCCGGCAGCCAGGCUCCACUGCACGGUACGAGGCAGAGGUAGCGUCCCCUGACACUGAGCCCCCGGAGCCGUCCUCUCUGCCCAGCAGCAGCACUGAUUCCAACCACUUCCUGCACACUCUGGACUGGCAGGAGGAGAAAGACUCUGAGGUGGGCGCAGAAAGCCACUUCCCCACAGAAAGCCCUCCUGCCAGCUCGGAGGGCCAGGUCGAGGACGAACUAUCAGGCGAGGGCAGGGACACGGCGGAUGAGGAGGUGCCCUGCACCCUAGCCAGGGUGGCGGACAGUGCCGUGCCAGGUGACGGGACUGGCCUAGAUGCACUUCUGGAGCCAGUCCCACAGGAGGACAGCGUCGACCUCCUGGGCCUACACUCAGAGCCGGAGCUGGCCCCUCCAGUGACCACCCAAGGGGCCACCCCCAGCAAUGCUGACCUGCUCAACUCCCUCCUGGGUGGUCCCUCUGCUCCCAACAGUGCCACAGACCUGCUCCUAGGCAGCCCCACGCCUGCCCCGAAUGCGCAGAGUUGCCUGCAGCCAGGGUCCACUGUCCUGACUGACCCCUUCGGCCCCCUCUUAUCGUCUGACUCAGACCCCCAGCCCUGCCCCCAUGCCAGCCUUUUUAGUGAGCUCCUGAGUAGGGACUGUACUGCUCCCUCAUCCUUCCCGUCCACCCACAGCGCCCCACCCCCAGCUGCCAGCGACUUAUUACAUUUGGGGGAGCUGCCUGCAGAGCCUGGCAAGAUGACGGCCUCUUCCAGCCACCCAGACCUGCUAGGUGCUUGGGAUGCCUGGGCUGAGGCCGUACCUCCUGCCCAGGCCACAGAAGGCUCCUCCUUCUCCCCUGGAGGCCCACCAGGCCCCUCCGCACCCCUGGACAGCCACAGCAAGUCUCAGAGCCUGGACCCCUUUGCAGACCUCGGUGACCUGAGCUCCAGCCUCCCAGGCUCUUCUGCUGCUGGCCUUGGCCCUGGAGGCUUUAUUCCCAAGAUAACCCCCGCUCCCAAGACUGGCAGUUCCUGGCAGUCCAGUCAGCCCCCAGCCCAGACAUCACCCCGGCUCCCUCGUGAGAAGCCACCCCUCAAAGCCUGUGCACAACCGAGACCCAACUAUGCCGCUAGUUUCAGUGUGAUUGGGGGCCGAGAGGAGAGAGGGGUCCGUGCCCCUAGCUUUGCUCAGAAGCCCAAAGUGUCUGAGAACGAUUUUGAAGACUUGUUGUCCAACCAGGGCUUCUCCUCCAAGGCUGACAGGAAGGGACCAAGGACGAUUGCUGAGAUGCGGAAGCAGGAGCAAGCCAAAGAUAUGGACCCACUCAAGAUGAAGCUCCUGGACUGGACCGAGGGCAAGGAGAGGAACAUCCGGGCCCUGCUGUCCACAUUGCACACGGUCCUGUGGGAGGGUGAGAGCCGCUGGACACCGGUGGGUAUGGCGGACCUGGUGACGCCAGCGCAGGUGAAAAAGCAGUACCGCAAAGCUGUGCUGGUGGUACACCCCGACAAGGCCACCGGGCAGCCCUUUGAGCAGCAUGCCCGGAUGAUCUUCAUGGAGCUGAACGAUGCCUGGGCUGAGUUUGAGAGCCAGGGCUCUCGACCCCUGUUCUGAGCCAUCUUGGUCACACCUGCGUGUCCUUGUGUGACCCUGUGCGGAGCAGGAGGCUGUCGCCAGACGGAUGGUUGUGUCCACCUGCCUGGCAGUGGGGCCGGGGGGCUGUGCGGAGGGCAGGCCCGCGGCAGAUCCAGAGGUCGCAUUCCAGGCCUACAAGAGCACACAUUCCAAAGCCUCGAUAUGUCUCUCCCUCUCCUGCCCCGAAGGAACAGUGUUGGUCACUCUCCUGCCGCCAUUGUCACGACUGUGAUUUGUUCAUUGCAGGGUAGAUAUGGUGGCCCCGUUGCCCUCCCCCACUACCUGCCCUGGCCUCUCCCUGUCUAAUCAGCCUCGUCGUCUACAGAAUUAAACUAUUUUCUGAUCAUGCUCGUCUCUGCCCACGCCAGACAGACGGAAGAUGCAGCACCCAGAACCCUUGGUGGGACUCAUCAGCACCUGGAAGCCUGUGGCGGGGCCUUGUCCCUGCCCAGGCCGUGCCAUCUGCACCACAGGACACUGGAUGACUGUCCAGCAUGGUCAGACAGGGACAGGGCCCAACGUCUUUGGAUUCUGUUGUUCAGGGAAUUGGCAGCAGAAGGCCCUUUCUGUAGCCUGGUGCUGGGAGAUGUGGCUGCUCGCCUUGCCACAGUCCCCACGGUCCCUGGUGGAAGCCACUUUUGGAGGCUGGUAGGAGGAACUUGUGGCUCUCCCUGGGACACAGCCUGCAGCCUUGGGACCCGACUGUCAUCAGCCUCUAGACUCAGGGAUGGCCCGAUGUUUUUCAAUAAAGCCUUGUCAGUAGCA